GAUCCGCGCAAAAUGUAUAGAGAAUGCAAGUGUAGGACAAGCUUCGAGGAUGAUGGGAGAGGCGCAAAGUAAAAGUAGUUUCCCUGAGGGUAGUAGACCAGGAAAUAAGUAUGAGAGAGAGGAGCAAGAGUAGAAGAGAGCCAGGUCAGCUCAAGGUAGAAAAACAAUUCAGAAAUCCCUUUGAAGGUGAGAACCCGACAGACAGGAAGAAGGAAAGACAAGACAGUCUGGGGAAGGGCCCCGAAGGGGAUCGGCGAAGCUUAUGAACAAAUACAGGAUCUCAGCAUGAGGAUGGACCGCAGGGACGAAGGGAAGCCCUGGCGUUGCCGUGUUGGUGAUGGCCUAGUGCCACUGACGACGUCCCGUCGGGGACGGUUGCAGAUCGUUACUUUGGGCCGCUUAGGCUUCGAAACGGCGCCAGUGUUAAAAAAACGAGAGGAAUUGCUUAGUGGCAGUGGAAAUCUCCAAAUGGGAACCAGUUCCUCGGGUGACUCUCAAGGUUUUGGAUGGGUCUUCUACUUUCCCUGGUUUAGAUCGAUUUUUUAUUUCUUUUUAAUUUUAUUAUUUUUUUAUUACUAUUAUAAUUAUAAUUUAUUUAUUUUAAUACCUUUCUUUUCUGGGAGAGAGAGCAGAGUAGAGAGAGGGGAGAGCAGAAAGAGUGUGAGAGUGAGAGAGAGGAAGAGGGGGGGGUCUUUUUCUGAAUUGAGCAUUGCCCUUUUUUUUUUUUUCCCUUUUUCCUUUUCCCUUUCCUGCAUUUUUCUUUUUUGGCUUUUCCCUCUCUCUCUCACCUAUUUUCCCUUCCCUUCCCCUAUUCAUUUUCCAUUCUAUUUUCUCCCAAAUUUUUAUUUUUUAUUUUUCAUGUCAUUUUAUUUAUUUCUUUUUCCUCAUUCUCUCAACUCCCACACCCCCAUAGCCCCAUUUCAUUUUCCAGAAAAUGAAUUUCUAGGUCCCUCCCCAUAGCGCCCCCCCUCCCCUCCUCCCCAUUUGCUUCUUUUCUAUUUUUGUGCUCACUUUCCUAAUAUGAUCACCAUAAUCUAAGGGAAACGAAAUGCAUAGGGUAUCUAUCUAGUUAGAUAGUAGAUGAAAUAACAAUCGGACUGGGCGAUACAAAAUCUUGCGUCAUCUUCAGAUUCAACUGUGAGACAAGAAACUAGACUAACUAGCUAGCAAUCGGACACAACUUACUUACUUACUUGCUUGCUUACUUAUGUUUUGAUAUAACUCGAAAAUUG